ACUAACAUUUUGUGUGGCCCUAACAGGGUUUCGAAGACACAGACUCAUCAGAUUGCUGCUUUGAAGGAACGGCAGAUGGAAACUCUAAAAGCUGCUCUUGGCAUAGGAGUUGAAGUUGACGGAAAAAAGAAGCACCGUGAUCCUCAGUCCCCAAUCUCUGAGGAAAAUGAUGAUGAGGAUAAACCAAGAAAUGGCCAUAAAAAGGAUGCUGUUGCUGCUGAUACUAAGCUGAACGAAACAGAUUCGGAAGUUGAGGAGGAUGAUUUUCAGAAGGUUGUUAAGAAUAAUCUCUCUCAAAGAUAUGAGUCAGAGCGCCAGAGGAAAAAGAAAAGUAGAAGAGGACACCAGAAUUCAUCUGAUUCUGAUAGCAGUGGGAAAUACAUGAAGGGGACUAAGAAGAAACAGGAGAAAGGUAGUAAGGGGCAAGAUGAUGAUUCUGAUGUUGAUGCUAAGACAAGAAAGGGAAAAUCGUUAAGAAAACAUAAGAAAAAUAUAAGAUAUGAUAGUGAUUCCUUGGAUUCUGAAUCUCAGUCCAAGUCUGAUACUGAUUCAGAUUCAGAAUCUAACCGUGAUAGUAACUAUAGGAAAUCUCAUAGGCGAAAUGAUUCUGAUGAUGGGCACAGUUCUGAUGAAAGUCCCAUACGUAAAACACAAAGUUCGAAGCUGUCUUCUAAAAACAGGCAACGAGAUUUUGUUGAUGAUUAUAGUUCUGAUGAGAACCCUAAAGAGAAGACUCAAAAGUUGAAGCGGCAUUCAAGGAUCAGGCAACAUGACUCUGAUGAAGAAUAUGGUUCAGACAAAGGGACUAAUAAACAGAGUCAGAAGGCGAAGCUGCCUGCAAAGAGCAGGCGACAUGAUUCUGAUGACGAAUAUAGUUCUGAUGAAGGCCCCAAAUAUAAGAGUCAAAGAGGAAAGCAGACCUCAAAGAGCAGACAGCUUGGUCAUGAUGAGGAAUUUUAUUCUGAUGGGGAGGAAGACAAGAGAAAUCAAUACAAGAAAGGGAGAAAUCAGCAGAGAUAUUACAGCCCAGAGGAAGAUGAUUCUUUUCGCAGCGAUAAGAAGAGAAUAAGUAGUGAGAGGAGAGGCAAAGUUGGUCGAAGAUAUGAUUCUGAAAGCGAUUCUGAGUUUGCAACCAAAAAGAAAAAGGAGAAACUUGAUUAUAGUGAUGGGCGACUUGAUACUUACAGGGAUGAAAUCAAAGCUGGCCAUGCCAGGCUAGAGAGCAAGACUGAAAGAAGUAGAAGACAUGAUUCCCAUGCUGACAUUGAUGACCGUAAGAGUGAUGAUUUCCUUGAAAACAGAAGGGUGAGAGACUUGAAGCAUGCGAGGGUUGAAAGGAAGUCUUUUGAGAAGAAAAGUAGCCCUCAAGGUGAUGAUUUGGAUGCCAGAGGUGGACAUGGUGGAGAGAAAGGUCAUGCACUUGAGGUUGAUGAUAGAGGGAAACAAAAGAAUCAAGCUGAUGGAUUGGACACAUUGAGGAAACUAGAGCAACUUUAUAAAUCAAAGGGAGAUAGGUUAGGAGAUGGAAGUGAAGAGAUAAUGAAGGGCAAAAGGAAGAUGGAUGAUGAGAACAAAUAUGACCAACCUGAGGGGAAGUUAAGAAGGCAGAAUCCUGAAAAAGAGUCUGAGCACAAUGGGGAUAUGAUUGAAUUGGAGAGAGAGAGUAAAUCAUAUAAGAAUAAGGAGCAUUAUAGUAGAGGCUCGAGGCUAGAUAGAUAUAGUGGACAUGGUGGUGAUCGCAGGGAUAUAAGUAGGACUUGGAACGAAUUGCGCCAUGGAAAUAGAAUUGAUGAUCGGCACUAUGAAGUUAAUGGAUCAAGUAGAAGAGAAAAGAGGGAUGAAGAAGCUUACCACGGCAAAAAGCAUGAAAGGGACGAAGAGGAAGAGUUAUAUAGGAAGCGUGAAAAGGACCGGGAGCGUCAUCGGGGGGAAGGACGAGGAAGAGAGCAAGAAGAGGAGCGAGGAAGUAGAAGGGAGGAGAGAGAGAAGGAAUACACUUCCAAGAGAGCUAGAUAUGAUGAUGCGCGCUCUGGAAGAAGAAGAUAUGACAGUGGAAGUGAUGAGGAUAAGAAGUCAAGAUACAGAGAAUAAAUACAACUGAUGUUCUGCAUUUGGCGGAAUUGAUGGGCUGAUGACGCAAUACAUUGGAUCAUUACUUGUAGAAUGUUCAUCUCUGAUGUGAAAAAAAGGGGGUUUUGAGUAUUUUUCCCGUUGCAGACGUGGUAUGUCUAAUAUGUAUAUUUUGGUUGAAAAUUGUUAUGAAAUGAAUGCUAUGGUGUGGAGGCUGUUUGUUUUCUUCAGCAUAUUUCUGUUUACUAGUGAAGGGAGUGAACAACUUGUACGAAUUGGUAAUGCUAAGCAGACAUGUAUGCAGUUGCCUUGUCAUCGUUAUUUACCCCUCCGUUCCAUAAAAAUAAGUUUGCUUUCUUUUUCUA